ACCGACCGACUGACGGACAGACGAAGACACAGAGAAACGACGUGUUUUUGAAGCGCGUGUCGCACAGAAAGAAGAUGCCAGAGCAGCUCGGAGGCGGCGGGAGGAUGCUUAAGCGCAACCAGCGGAAGAUGGACGAACACCGGGGCUGAGGAAGCGGCCACUUCUCACCCUACCGACAUGGUUACCGCCGCCGGCAGCGUCGGUUGUUGGCUGUAACAUGUAGCGGAGCGGCUGUUUGUCCGCUGCCCGGGAUCCGUUCAACUUUGACGCGCGGCGGCUCCGAUGCCGAGCUGAGGAGCUGUCCGUGGUGCUGAAGCCACUCCGUCUAAAGCAGGCCACCGCACGCGGACGCACACCGGACUCGCGGCCGCGUUCCAGGCUCGUUCAUGGCUGUGGCACGCAAAAUCAAAACUUUGUUGACCGUCAACAUUCUGGUGUUUGUCGGGAUCAUCCUUUUCUCCGUCUACUGCAGGAUCCAGGACCGCUCCGAGGAGCUGAUCCAGAUCGGCCGUAUAUCCGAGCAGCGGCUCCGAGCCCGAAAUGGCAAAGUUUCCAACUUGGUGGACAGACAGUCGAUCCUCCAGAGACUGGAGAGGCUGGAGGAUGUGGUCUACAACCAGCUCAACGGUUUAGCAAAGCCCAUGGGGCUGGUGGAGGGGCCCGGAGGCCUUGGCCAGGGGGGAGCUGCUGCCACUCUGGGAGAAGACAGUCGCGAUGCUGAGGUGAAAUACGAGGAAUACGGCUACAAUGCUCAGCUCAGCGACCGCAUCUCCCUGGACAGGAGCAUCCCCGACUACAGGCCUAAAAAGUGUAAGCAGCUGACCUACCCAGAAGACCUUCCACAAAUCUCUGUGGUCUUCAUCUUUGUAAACGAGGCGCUGUCGGUCAUCCUGCGCUCUGUUCACAGUGUGGUCAACCACACGCCAGCACACCUCCUCAAAGAGAUCAUCCUGGUAGACGACAACAGCGAUAGUGUGGAGCUGAAGUUCAACUUGGACCAGUAUGUGAACAAACGUUACCCCGGAUUGGUGAAGAUUGUGAGGAACACCAAGCGCGAGGGUCUGAUCCGAGCCAGGAUCCACGGCUGGAACGCGGCCACGGCUCCUGUCGUCGGCUUCUUUGAUGCCCAUGUGGAGUUCAACACCGGCUGGGCUGAACCCAUUUUGACCAGGAUGAAGGAGGAUCACACCCGCAUCAUUCUGCCCGCCAUAGACAACAUCAAGUACAACACGUUCGAGGUGCAGCAGUACGCCAAUGCUGCUCACGGCUACAACUGGGGGCUGUGGUGCAUGUACAUCAUCCCGCCACAGGAGUGGCUGGACAAGGGCGAUGAGACGGCCCCCAUCAGAACUCCCGCUAUGAUUGGCUGCUCCUUUGUGGUUGAUCGGGAAUACUUUGGAGAGAUCGGGCUGUUGGAUCCUGGCAUGGAGGUCUACGGAGGCGAGAACAUCGAGCUUGGCAUGCGGGUGUGGCAAUGUGGAGGGAGCAUGGAAGUCCUGCCGUGUGCCAGAGUGGCUCACAUCGAACGAACCAAGAAGCCCUACAACAAUGACAUUGAUUACUACGCGAAGCGUAACGCUCUACGGGCUGCUGAGGUGUGGAUGGAUGAAUAUAAAUCACAUGUGUACAUGGCCUGGAACAUUCCCAUGAACAACCCUGGGGUUGACUUUGGGGAUGUCUCGGAGCGCUUGGCCUUGAGGAAACGGCUGCAGUGUCAAAGUUUCCGCUGGUACCUGGAACACGUCUACCCCGAGAUGCGGAUUUACAACAACACUAUCACAUACGGAGAGGUGAGGAACAGCAAGGCCAGUGGAUACUGUCUGGACCAGGGCUCAGAGGACGAUGACAAAGCCAUCCUGUACCCAUGUCACGGCAUGUCCUCGCAGCUUGCCCGCUAUUCUACAGAAGGGCUUCUCCAGCUGGGACCCUUGGGGUCGACCACCUUUCUGCCUGACACAAAAUGUCUCGUUGAUGAUGGCAGAACACGAACUCCCAGCCUGAAAAAAUGCGAUGCUGUUUCGAGGAUUUCCCAGAGGCAGUGGGACUUCACACAGAACGGUCCAAUAAUCAGCAGAGACACGGGUCGAUGCCUGGAGGUAGAAAUGUCCAAGGAUGCUAAUUUUGGCCUUCGUCUGGUGGUCCAGAGGUGUUCUGGUCAGAAGUGGAUGAUACGAAACUGGAUUAAGCAUCCCAGACACUGAAGCCAGAGAAGAAGCUCUGAGCUGGUUUUCAAUUGUGUUUGCAGUUACAGUUGGAUGGCAGACUGCGGACACUUCAGAGGGCCGUUCAGGCUACAGACUGCACUGCAAACUGAGCCCCUGUCAGGCCAUGCGGCUUUCCAACAUUGUACUCUUCUUUGAAAAGGAAUAUGAUCAACUGAUACAUUGAGCCUUGCGUUGGCAGAGACCUUACAGCAAGCUGUGCUGUUUGACAUGCACUCUGUUUCAUGUAUAAAACACAACAACACACCGGAGUGCAACCCCUGAAGGGUUCAACGUCCCAUCACUUCUUUUUAUUUUCUGUCACAUUUGCAGAUUUAAAAGCAAACUGAAUGUGGGGUUGUUGUUGUUUUUUUUUUUCUUUUUCUUCAGUGCGUCUGAACAAAUCAAACAUAAUAAUUGCAGUCAACAUCAAAGUGAUUAUUUUUGCUGUCAUUUUCAGAAAAUUGCACUGAUGUGCCGGGCUUCAAACAGACUUGUGAUCAGGCAGUGUUUCACCUGCAUUCACACAAACUGAGUCUUUAUUUCUUUGGACUGUAUUACUCACAAGAGUAAUCAUGCCUUUUUUUCUUUUGUGUGUUCUUUAUUUCAGCUUCAACUGACCCGGGAACACCAUUCCCAAAAGCAUGUACAAAAAUUAUUUAAAAGCUAUUAAUAUAUAAAACAAUGUAUAGAACACUCAUAGUAAUAUAUAUUGUAAAAAUUAAA